UGGCUUUAUAUGCCUGCAAGGGGAAAAGGCGGUGAGUAGAAAAUGAGCCUGUAGACAAAGGGAAAAUGGAGUCUACCGGAAGGAGAAAAUCGCUGGCCGGAGGGUGCACAGGAUGGGCAAUGAGAGAGGGAGAGAUUCUUUUAAAAGCACAGAUUGUUUAAAGGCAAGGAGCCCUUGUUUUCAUGCUUCAUCUCCAGUGUUGCCUUACUGGUCAGGAGACAGCAGCCUGCCCGUUAACGUCCUGUGGAUCAGAGGUUUGCAGGUGAAGCUGUUCGGGAGGUGGAGAUUAACCCUGAUUAACAGCUGGAGAUCAAGAGCUGUUAAAGGGGCAGCCAGUUGAAAAAAGGACCCAACUUUAUUCACGUUCUAUGAAUUGGAAACAGAGCAGCAGAUCAGCCUUCAAAGGUAGGGGAGGGGAACCUGCUGCCCUUCAGAGGUUGCUGGAUUCCAGCUCCCGUCAGCCCCAGCCAGCACAGCUGAUGGUUAGGCAUGUUGGGACUUGGAGUCUAAACAUACUUGGAGGGUCACUCAAUAUGCCGAAUUUGACAGAGACAGGUUUUCAGAAGGCCUUGUCCCAUUCAAAUUCUCCCAGAGCGAGCUGUUAAGGGAAGAGGCACAGGGGCAGGUUUCAAAAGUUGGCAAUCCUGGGUAAACGGGUGUGAUUUUUGUCAGGCAAGCUGUUGUCUGAAAUGUUGGAUAGGAGUGACUUGAGUUGCUGGAUGUGUAUACCCAGUUAGCAAGCAGUUUAGCUGGCUGGGAUACAAGGGCUUAGGGAAAAUGAUCAUAAAUGGGUGUUUUAUAAAACAAAACCUUUCUCAGUGGUAUCCCUGGCAGGAAUCUGGUAAGCUAAGAAUUGGAAAGAGGAGGUGCUCAAUUGCUGUUCUUUGGGUCAGUGGAUAGAGCAGGUCAGUGGAUAGAGCAGGGAUUCAGGCACCUCUGCUUUCCAGUUGUUGUUGGACUCUGUGAUGUUCCUGUAUUAAUGUAUAUAUGAUGGCAGUGCUGCAGAUAACAUCAUAGAGGAGACCUCUGUGCCCGGCCUCAAGAAGGAAGUAGCGAGCCAGACGAAGAGCUUGUGAUUUUCCCAGAGUCCGAAAAGACAUUCCCUUGAGGCCUAACGCCUGUGGAGAGAGACAGAUCCCCAACAUGAGUCUAAAGGAACAUCCAUGGAAGACCCACUCUGGAGAUGAACAUGGUCUCUUUGAUCCAACAACAGUUAAAUACGAGGAUGAGCUCAUGAACUUCAGCAAAUCAGAAGAUGACAAAGGUGAGGGGAAUGCAGUUGAGAAUGCAGAUGAAGGUCAUCCAUGGCAAGCCUCUGAGCAACGGGGACUCCGUGUGUCUGAGGGAACCACGGAAGGGAAUGUUCCCAAAGCUUUUGAGAAGGCAGAAGCCGUUGAAAGUCCCCAAGGAUUGUGGGGGCAACAAGAAAACUGUUUGGAGAACAGCAUGGGUAGAUCCAUUCCUUAUUGGCCAAGUGAAAUUGCAGACCAGAGUAGAAGCUGUGAAUAUCAGAGACAAGAGAUGCUGACCAAAGGGGGGAGCACCUCAGGCCGGGCCCAAGCAGAGGAGAAAAUCUACCAAUGCUUAUACUGUGGAAAAUCAUUCAAUGCACACUUUAAACUUGUUAGACAUCAUAGAAUCCAUACGGGAGAGAAGCCGUAUAAGUGCUUGGAUUGUGGGAAGAGUUUUGACCAGAAAGGAAACCUUAUUGCUCAUGCAAGAAUCCACACAGGAGAAAAACCACACGUAUGCUCAGAUUGUGGGAAAAGCUUCAGCCACAAAGGCAGCCUUGUUUUGCAUGUGAGAAUCCACACCGGAGAGAAACCAUACAAAUGCCCAGAUUGUGGGAAAAGCUUCAGCCGGUCAGGAUCCCUAAAAGAACAUGAAAAAACUCACACAGGAGAGAGACCAUACACCUGCUUAGACUGUGGGAGAAGCUUCAGAAAAAUCUCUGAGCUUACAACACAUCACAGGUUCCACACUGGAGAGAAGCCUUAUAAAUGCUCAGGCUGUGAGAAAUCCUUCAGUACGAGCUCAAAUCUUAUUGCCCAUCAGAGGACCCAUACAGGAGAGAAACCUUAUAAAUGCUCAGAUUGUGGGAAAAGAUUCAGCCAAGCUGGGAACCUUAAAGAACAUGAGAGAACCCAUACUGGAGAGAAGCCGUAUAAAUGCCCAGACUGUGGGAAAAGCUUCAGACAAAUUUCUUACUUUAUUAAGCACCACCAAACUCACCUUGCAGAUGAGGGGAUGCAUUUGGAAGAGAAACCAUAUAAAUGCUCUGAUUGUGGGAAAGGUUUUGGCGAGAAAGCGAGCUUGGGUAGACAUCAGAGAAUCCACACAGGAGAGAAACCAUUUAAAUGCUCAGACUGUGGGAAAAGCUUCUGUCUGAAAUCAAAUCUUGUUGUCCACAUGAGAAUCCACACUGGCGAGAAACCAUAUACAUGCUCAGAGUGUGGGAAGAGCUUCAACCAGACUUCAAGUCUUCAUAAUCAUGAGAGAACUCAUAAAGGAGAAGAACCGUAUAAAUGUUUAGAGUGUGGGAAAAGCUUCAAUAGACCUUCACAACUUAAAGCACAUGAGAGAAUCCACACCGGAGAGAAGCCAUAUAAAUGCCCAGACUGUGGAAAAGGCUUCAUUUAUAACCACCAUCUUGUUAGACACCAGACAAAUCACACAGGAGAGAAACCAUGUAAAUGCCCAGAAUGUGGAAGAGAAUUCAGCCUCAGAUCGACCCUUAUUAAACAUCAAAGAAUCCACACAGAAGGAAAACCAUAGAAAUGUGGACCUGAGGGUCAGGUCAGGGAGACUCUGCCAGUGUGGCAACAUCUCAUUCAGGCCAAAGGACUGAUGGACAUUUGGUCAGAUCCAGGAGGAUACUUCCUAUGUUCUUAAUAAAGUGGUCAGAUAGACAAGAGAGGGGGAACUUUUAUUUCUAUGAUGCAUGAAGAGAUUUUAAUAAUUUUUAUUUUUAUUUUUUUGUAUGGCUCUUUCAGCAGUCUGUCCUUCUGGGUGCACUUGGUUGGUUUGAUAAAAAAAGGAUUACCCAUAUUGUGUAUUAAGUAAAGUAGAAUAUUGUUCUAAAGUA